ACAUUUCUACAGAAGCCGCACUGGCAACUCCACGCCUCUCGCAUCUCCUCGACUACCAUCCAUACCUCUCCACCCUCCCCCGUGACCAUGCCCCGUCCCUCGAGAAUAUCCUGUCUAUCAAUGCCAUGGACCUCGAGUCCCAGGAGCAUAUCCUGAACUACCAGCUUCCCGUUGCUAUAUCCCGGUACAAUGUUGGACUGGUUGUCAUCGACUCCAUUACCUCGAAUUACCGCGCGGAACACUCGUCCAGCGGUAUUCAGGCUCUGUCGAUGCGGUCCGGGGAACUCGCGAAACUGGGCCAGCUGCUGCGCAACCUCGCGGUCAAUGAGAACUUGGCCGUUGUAGUUGCGAACCAAGUCUCAGAUCGGUUCGACCAGGGCGAGGGCUAUCCCAUAUCACGGAUAGGUGGUGGUAAUAGCGGUAUUAUCACCGGUUCUCAAUCCCCAAUGCCAAAAAGUCGACCAGAGGCAGCAGCAGGAAACGCAGAACUACUCUCGCAGCCUAACCUCAUGCUUCCGGCUUCUUCCCCGGCCUUUCCCUCGUCUCCGUAUGUCGAAGAAGAGCAGCAACAGCAACAGCAAUUCGACGGUUCAUAUCUCGUCGGGAACCCCGUUCGCAACGAGAUAUUGAGUCUAGUCCACCAACAGCGUUUCUUUACAGGGUGGGGAGAUACACCACCACAGCAGUCGAUUACACCAACGCCAGUUUACAGUUCGUCAUUCCACCGAUCAACCGACAAAACCCCGGCUCUGGGCUUCGUCUGGGCCACGCAGAUUGGCUGUCGAAUAGCAUUGAAAAAGGAACUGCCCCCAGAGGACAUAGCCGACCUGACAAUCCCCGUCCUCGAGCAAAACACAUCCACACCCACAAAUCCUCAGCCACCAACAGGGCCUACCGAAGACAAGACCAAACCGGAACCCUCAACACAACAACCACCGACCAAUCAAACCGGAGAGUCAGAAAAACCAGCAUCCAACCCACCUACUCUACAAACCACACCACCAGAACCAGUUGAAAGGAGCAUCAGGAGAACAAUGAAAUUGGUAUUUGCUCCUUGGUCUGCUGGAUCCACGUUGGCAGAUGGGAAUGGGAAGGAAGAGGUCCGCGGAAUCAGGGAUGAAGUCGGUUUCAAAAUCUGGAAGGGCGGAUUGCAGAGUAUCAGUUACGAUUGAUUGAUUGAUUGAUCAUCUGUCUUGUUUGAGCUUGAUUGCUCAGGUAGACUUGUACGGUUGCACAUAGAUUAUGAUAGAGCAUAUGUGAUUAUGAAGCCUUUGCCAUCUUACCCACUCGUAUAAAACCUUAAAAGCCCUCUUCAGUCUCAAAUCUGGGGUUACGGAAGCUAGGAAUACCUUAUUCAAGUUCCCCGCAAAUUCAGAUACGCUUAUCUACUAGUAAGUAGACUGGUCUACGGCUACGGAGAAUAAUGCACUGAUCCAAGGUGUCUAUCAAUAACUUUCAUCUCGUGAUUCGU